ACCAUCACCGCCACCAUCACGACAGUAUCGCCAUCACCAUGGUCAUUCCGAGCUAAUUUCUGGCGGUGACUACCAAGCGAUGUCCGAGCCGUCGGAUGCGGUUUUAGGCGACGAUUUCUGAGGGCCUUUGGCGCGCUUCAUCUUGAUCGCCAACGCGUAUCUGAUUUCUUCGAUACUCUCGCCAUGGAGCCUCGGAAUGUGGAUGCUAGUCCACCGCUACCGCCGAAGCCGGCAUCGCUUCCCCCCGCAUCCGCUUUAAUCGCAUCCGAUAGUAGUAUACCAGGAGGGAAUAGCGGAAGGGAAGUGCGUGGCGCAUCUGAGCUUCCCGAGGAGGUGUCCGUGUUGUCCGCGCCCACAGGCGUAUCCGCUUCCGGAUUGUCCCGGCGAGGCUCGUUCGCGAAAAAUCUUAGCGAAUCUACAAUUAGCGAACCUGCGACCAGGACUGAAGGUUCAUAUGAUGUGAUUAUAGCGAGAGAAAGUGGUAGUAGCGAUGGGAGCGGCGGCAAAUGCGAUGAGGCGCGACGAGCUUCAGAUACCGUGCCCGACCGAACUGGUAGCCCCUUCCUUGCUCAUCCGCUUAACGAAGCAGCCAAUAUCGAUGUUCAGCGCUUGGAACCCCGCCAUCAUGACGCACAGGUCAGCGGUGCUGUCCUUAAAGAAGCGAACUAUAGCGGAGAAACCCGUUCGGCACUGGGCAGCCUUGGCGAGUCCAUUCAGCCUCCGUGGACCGGAGUUGAUGGGAGCACCGACAAGGGAGUACAUUCUAUUGAAAGCAGUUACAGUGAUGAUAUUAGUUCGCUUAUAACCGAAAUAAAAUCCUUCGUAACGGAGCAUGAGGGGGAGGUGUACCCCAGGAGCAGUCUCGAUGGAACCACCACGGUUGUUGACCAAAGCGCUCUUACCGAAGCAGGAGCAGGAGUCGGAGAAAGCACAAAGCCGAAACAAGGCAACGGGAUCGACGAGCAAUGGCGGACAGAGCCGAUGGAGUCGAGGGAGAGCACCAAGAUUGAGCAAGACGGCGGGAUGGAGCCACGGGGCCGGUUGGAGCAACGGGGCCGGUUGGAGCAACGGGGCCGGAUUGACGAGCUUUGGCCAAGCGGGCCGAUGGAGUCGUGGGACCCUAAGAAGGUCCACAGCGUCAUCGCCCGCUCGCCUCCCUACGGACCCUCCUCCUUCCCUUCCUACCUCCCCUCCUCUCUCGCCUCUUCUCUCUCCUCCUCCCUCUCCUCCCACCUCUCCCUCCUCCUCUCCUCCCUCUCCCGCUACGCGCGUGCGAUCGACGCGUGGUGGGGCACGGUGGCAGAGGAGACGUUCAAUCUCUCCGAGGAGUUUAAGAACGUCGGCUACUAUGGCAAGGGGGGGGGGAAUAGUCCAGGGGGAAGCGCAGUGGGCGGAAAGGGCGCGUCUGCUGGGGGCGGGGGAGGGGUGGGGGGAGCGGGGGGAGGAGGAGCGGGUGCGGGAGUGGAGGCAGGGGGGAGUGUGGGGCCGAACGUGUGGCGGCGAGUGAAGAAGUACCGGCACUUCGUGGCUUUUAUGGCUGUGGUGGCGGCAGUCAACGGGCUCUUCUCUCUCCUCCUCAUCGACUCCCUCAUCUCCGGCGCCUGCAUCCCUCUCUUUCACGACUGCCAUGCAAACACUCCUAAUAAUGCAGCUGCCGCACUUGUAACCUACGACCUGUCCAAUAUCAACCACACUCGCCACAGAGGGUCGCUCCACUCCCUCCACCAACCCCACUCCACUGGUUUCCACCACUCUGCACACAGCAGUAGCAGCAGCAGAGAGAAUUCCUUGCAGCAGCAGCAAGAUCAGCUGCAGGCAGAGGACGGGUAUCAGGAGGGGCAGGGAGGAGCGGAAGAGGGCGAAGGGGAUGGCUCGGAAAGGCCCGCGGAAAAUGAUGGGGAUACGGGUGGGAGAGAUGGGAGUGAUGCAAAUCAUGGGGGCGAUGAUGGGAAUGUUGGGAGUCAGCAUGGGAGCGAUGGGGACGAGUCAUCUGCAGUGGACCUCACCUCCUCAGGCGCGUCUGCUGCUUUCUUCCUCUCCAGACUCUCCCAGGCUCAGGCCGUGCAGGUCACCCCGUACCCUGACGUGCCUCGGGCCUACAUCCUGCAGACUCAGUGCCCCUCCCCCACUCCCACAGAACCCACAGCCUCUUCUUCCUCUUCCUCCACUUCUUCCUCCAUUCAUCUACAAUCAGCAGCUGAUACCGAUCCGUCUCUUGAUCCCACCACCAGCACCAGAAGCACCAGCACCACCACCACCACCACUGCCCCCCACCCCCCUCCGCGCUGCUCGCUCCUGCUGCAGGACGUCUGCUACGUGUACCUGCACGGCGCCAGUCGCCUGCACCGGGCCUCAGCCGGUGUGUGGUUCGACCGCGAGGCCCUGGAGAGCGCCCUGGCAGGGGACCUGGGGGGGCAGGCCAUCCACGCUGCCUCGGAUUUGUCUAAGGUGAACCUGGGCCUGGUGCAGCGGUGUGCUGGGGCGGAGGGGGAUGGGGGGAGGUCUGGUAGCAGCAAUAGCAGUGGCGGCAGUGGUAGUGGCAGCGGUGGGGACGCGGAUUCGAUCUCUGAAGUGCUGUCUGAGAGAAUUGGGGGGUUUCUGAGUGCGGAUGAGAUGGCGUUCUAUGUGGCGUCCAGCGACUCCCAAGGGCGGCACGUGUUCCGCUCUUCUGCUCUCUCACCCCCCCCCUCCCUCCCCUUGGCUCUCGUCCUGCCCUCGGACGGGCGGCAGAGUGAAUUCGCUGACCUGGCGGAUGUGCUGCAUGACGUGGCAGUCCGCUUGCCGCCCGUUUUCAAGCCCACCUCUCGUCAGCAUCGUUACCACAUGGCUGGUGCAAUCAGGUUAAAAGGCUCGCAAAGGCGUGGUUUAAGUUCAGCAGAUACUGCUACCACUGCUGGCACUGGUGCUACUGGGGCUGCUGGUGCUGCUGGUGCGGCUGGUGCUGCUGAUACUGCCUCUACGGCUCGUGAAGCCACCGAAUUCUCAACAGGGCCGCAUGUAUUCUUCCCCUCAGCAUCUCACCCCCCUGACCUCUGGGUGGGCGGCGCAACUCGGCUGCUUCUCGGGCCCCAAGCCCUCCCCCUGCCGGGCAGGCUGGUCGGGCAGGUGAAAUGUUUCCAGAACGCCGUUUUUAUCCCGGGCAGGGAAGCAGAAACGAGGCAGAACUCGUGGUCCAUUUCCGCAGUGAGGGAGAGCGCAUGGGAAAUGGUUGAAGACGUAGAGUCGUUAGUAUCUAGGCCGCUGUGGGGGGGAAGGAAGCUUGGGGAGGACAGGGCCCAGCAGGCCCAGGCACAGAUCGAACUGAGUGGGGGGUUGAAGAGAUUAAAGCUGUUUUUCAAGGAGCUGAGGAAGCGGACAGGAAGGUUCCACCAUGUGACUGUGCUGGACAAUGGGGGGCAGGGAGGGAAAGGGCAGGAAGAGGAGAGAAAUGCAUGGGGGGGGAAGGAGGUAGGGGUGGGGGAGGAGGAAGGGGGGAAAGAGAGAGAAGGUGAGGGGGAGAGUGAGGAUGAAAGGGAGAGGGACGCGGGGAUGGCGAAUGCAGGGAGUGUGGCGGAGCUGGUGCGCGCCAUGAUGCCCAAGCUCACAGUGGAUGUGGUGUCGCUGGCAGGCCGUUCCUUCAUCGAGCAAGUUGCCAUCAUGAAGCGCACCGCCCUGCUGAUCGCCAUGCACGGCCCGUCCCUCACCAGCACCAUCUUCCUCCCCCCCAACGCCACGCUCCUAGAGCUCUUCCCCUCCCACCUCCACUCCUCACACCACUCCUCCCUCGCCGCGGCUUCCGGGGUUCACUACUUCACCUGGCGCAACAUCCACCCUCAAAACACCACUUACUCCAAUGACUGCAUGGCACGCGGGCAGUAUGCACUGCUGCCUGCAUCCCUGUGUGCGGUGAAGCCCAAGUGCAUGGCGUGUGUGAGGGAUGGGUCUGUGACGGCGGUACACCUUGGCGAGCUGAGGGGCGUGCUGCGGAAGAUUCAGCAGCCGCUGCGGUCGUUCUUUCUGGCGGGGAAGGAUCGUCAGCACAAGCGGAGAGGAAUCCUGGCAGGUUGAGCUGAGCGUGAGAUGUGACGUUGUAACUUGCAACGAGGUGAGCGUGAGAUGUGACGUUGUAACUUGCAACGAGGUGAGCGUGAGAAAUGAUGUUGUAACUUGCAACGAGGUGAGCGUGAGAUGUGACGUUGUAACUUGCAACGAGGUGACUCUUGAUUCGACUCAAGAAGAGUCACAGCGUGCGUAGCAGGAUAGCAGCCGCUGCGGUCGUUUCUCGAGGGGGGGGGGGGGGGGGGGACCACUAGCCCAAGCGGAGAGGAACCCUGGCAGGUUGAGCGGAGCGCGAGGGGCGUGUGUGAGGGACGGGUCACGACUCACGGGUCUGCCACCGCAGUUCAUAUCCAUGAGCUGAGGGGUGCUCAGAGGAGCUGAGGGGUGCUCAGAGGAGGAUUCAGCAGCUGCUGUAGUCACUCUUCUUGGGGGUCACGGGUUGUCAACAUAGGUGUAGAGGAAUUCUUUCCAGCUGAGGUGCCAACAACAUACCGUAAAACCCCGGAUAUAAGACCGGUUUGAAGUACCCACUGGGUCCCAUUGGCGGGGGGGUACUGAACUAUGGUAUUCGACUAAUAAGACCCGCCAUUUUAGCUCCGUGCUAUAAGACGUUAGUUUAG